UCGUGGGCUCCUCCCUUCGCUGCAGACUCAGGAAGGUGGCUCUGUAUCUUCUUGCGGUCGGAUUUGACAGCCCCUUCUUGUCUUGCUCAAAAAAAAAAAAAAAAUUGCAGGAACACGACACAACGCCAGACCAAAACAAGUAAUCAAUCGGCCUUUGUUCCCUGCACAGAGGGGAAGCCACGGUUGGAAAUAUGGGCAACAGAGACGAUGAAUACGAUUUCUUGUUCAAAGUGGUGCUGAUCGGUGACUCUGGGGUGGGAAAGAGUAACCUGCUUUCCCGAUUCACACGCAAUGAGUUCAACCUGGAGAGCAAGAGCACCAUCGGGGUGGAGUUCGCCACCCGCAGCAUCCAGGUGGACGGCAAGACGAUAAAGGCUCAGAUCUGGGACACAGCCGGGCAGGAGCGCUACCGAGCCAUCACGUCGGCGUACUACCGGGGUGCGGUGGGUGCUCUGCUGGUCUAUGACAUCGCCAAGCACCUGACCUACGAGAACGUGGAGCGCUGGCUGAAGGAGCUGCGGGACCACGCUGACAACAACAUCGUCAUCAUGCUGGUGGGCAACAAGAGCGACCUGCGGCACCUGAGGGCUGUGCCCACCGACGAGGCCCGUGCCUUUGCAGAAAAGAAUACUUUAUCAUUUAUUGAAACCUCUGCCCUGGACUCGACCAAUGUGGAGGAGGCAUUCAAAAAUAUCCUGACAGAGAUUUACCGGAUUGUAUCGCAGAAGCAGAUCACUGACCGAUCGGUGCAUGACGAGUCUCCUGGCAACAACGUGGUGGACAUCAGCGUUCCGCCCACCACAGACGGCCAGAGACCCAACAAACUGCAAUGCUGCCAAAACCUGUGAUCCCCGAUCCCUCCCCUUCCCCUUCGUGUUGUUUGUGCUGCUGUCGCAUAGUCCCUGAUUUCACUGGAAUUUUCUAUUGUCCCGUUACUUCAUUUCAUAGAGUUAUGUUCUGCCUUCUGUCGUUAGCCCCUAAAUCUACACUUGAGGGAAGUUAAUACAGUCUGCAGUGCCUAGAGCAGCUGUGAGGUCCCCCACCCCACUAGCAGGCACUCUCUAUGACAUCAUCUAGAGCAGCCCUGACUGUGACAAGCUGAGACCGCUUAGGCUACACGCAUUUCUAUUUAUCUAAUAGAGGACCAUAGAGAAAUGUGCAAGUUAUCUUUUAAAAUAAUGACGCAGUUGCAAUAUUUGACCUGCAGGUGGUGUAGAUAUAAAAAAAUAAAUAAAUAAAUAAACAAAAACAAAAACACCUUAAACAGGGAAGUGCUUUCUACCACUUUUACACUUUAUGGCUAUAGUUUGAAUUGGAGAACACAAAUGUAGUGCUACCCGAGUAAUGCCCUUGUUCGAUCAGCCUUCGUUGUGAAUGCUGGCGUCCUGUGAUGUCAAGGCAUGAAGACAGGGUUGCAGCUCUGCAGUGAAGGAAGAGGGGUGUUUUCAAAGAACUCGUGUGGUGUUCCGUAACCACGUCUCUUUCUGUAUAGGUUUGCAUUCAAACCCUGUUGUGAAUUUUAAAUUGAUUCCCUCUUUUCGCCGCUAGUGAAAAUGGUAGUGCUCCUCCCAGCCACUGCUGAGAAUUUAUUAGUGGUAGCAUGUUAUUAUUAUUAACCAGUGCACAGUAUGGUAAGGAGACAGUUUAGGGCUUUGUCAAGUGAAACAAAUAGACAAAAAAAAAGUGCCACCUCAGCUCUGAGAUGCUCAAAAAGACAUGACAGGGUCUGUUUUAUUUAUCUAAAGCGAUUUUAAUACAGUUCAAUACAGACAUCAUAUUAGUUCAGUCAUGGGCAAUCUGUUGACCCCCCUUAUUAAGCACUGUUUGAUCAAUAUUCAGGUGUAGAAAACCUGUACAUGUCAUUGUUUUGUACAGUUGGAUGUACGCAGUGAACACAGCAAGGCUAGUCACAUGAUAACAUAACCAAAAUCAACACGUUUUAGGUUAAAAGUCUGCAAAUAUUUGUAAGUUUUUACAUUUAAAAUGCAUAUUUACUUCUCUUUUUCUUGCAUGCUCCGCUUGUCUGAAAGGACUGGACUGUAGACACGAGCCCCCCACUGAAGACUGCUUCUAAUGGGCUUUAAUACCUGCUCCAGCUCAGCAAUAAGGCGAACAGUAUAGUACGGUGGUAAAAUUGAAAGUCUCCUAAAAGCAAGAUUAAAUACAAAAAAAAAAAAAAAAAAAAAAAAAAGGGGGGGGGGGGGGGUAAUGUGAUAACUUAUAAAAGUCAUGAUUUUAAUGGAAUCCCUAUUUAGAACCAUAUAGACUAUUGAAAUAGAGUACAUUGUGUUGAUGAUGCAUUAGUACACACCAGUGCUUAAUCACAGUGAACAGGUGGGAUCUUGUGUUAAGGCCACUCUGAACCCAGCACUAAUUGAAACUAAUGAAGAAGCACUCUUACUCUAUCUGGGGGAGUCCUGGUUUAACGAAGCGUACAGAUCUACUCAACGAGCUCUGCUCUCUCCUGAGAGGUGAACAAGCGAAGCCAGUAAUAAACAUUGUUUCAAAACUUA